UUUGCAUUAGUUUCUGCAGUGCAGAUAGUCGUUUAUGAAAAAGGAGCCUGAUAAUAAUAAUAAUAAUAAACUCAUAUUAACUUUGAAACAGGCAAACAUUGUGUACUGCAUGUCGCAAAGCGCGCGGGAGAAACGAUCUUAACAAACAAAGUGUAUUGGGGGUAGGGAGGGGGCGCUUUUGAAAUAAUAUAGUCAGCCAUUUUUUAUGUAAGGCUUUUUUCUGUAGGGGGGGUUGUUAAAAAAUAAAUAUAAGGGCGGCCAUCUUUGUUUCUCUGCCUCUGUGUAAAAUAUUCCAAACGCCCCCCACUUUGCCGAUUUGAAUAUUAAAUAAAUUUCAUAAUUGGCGAAAGGUCCGGGCUUUUUUCCCCUCUCUUUCGGGGCACAAGCGGCGGAAUGAUGUCCUCUCCGCUUCAGGAUUGUGAUGAAGAUGAGGGCAUGGCGGUUCACUCCGAGGGAGGAGAUUUCGAGGAUGAAGAAGACGAAGGAGCACCAGACGAAAACACAAGCGACAUAUACCCGCCGGCGGCGGCAGCAGAAACUGCAGCAGCGGCUCAAGAAGAUGAUGAUGAGUUGAUUGACAGCUUGGAAAAGAAAAUUGUGAAGAAGAAAAAAAGAGGGCCAAAGAAGAAGAAGGACAUUAAAGAUAUCAAGCCAACAAAGCCGCGUAAACGCAAAAAAGUAGAGAGUGAAGAUGAGUUUGAAUCGGAGCAGGAUUUUGCGGAGAAGUCUGACAGCGCAGCAAGUGACUAUACAAACAGUGGGAAGAAGCGAAGAAAGAAGCAUAAAGAGAAAAAAGAAAAGAAAACCAAACGAAGGAAAAAGAAUGAAGAUGGAGAAGAUGAGGGCAAUAAAGUGGUAGAACAAAAGACAUCUGGCCAGCUGCUGCGGGACUGGGGACUUGAAGAUGUGGACCACCUUUUCACAGAGGAUGAUUACCACACACUAACUAACUACAAAGCCUUCAGCCAGUUUAUGAGACCUCUGAUUGCUAAGAAGAACCCUAAAAUACCAAUGUCUAAGAUGAUGACUAUUCUCGGUGCCAAGUGGAGAGAGUUUAGUUCCAACAAUCCUUUCAAAGGGUCUGCUGCUGCUGUAGCUGCAGCUGCUGCAGCAGCAGCAGCUGCCGUGGCAGAGCAAGUCUCUGCAGCUGUCUCAUCAGUAACUGCUUCACCUGAGCAGCAGCCUCCUGUGGCUCCUAUACGGAAGGCCAAGACAAAAGAGGGUAAAGGUCCAGGUCACAAAAAACGCAGUAAAAGCCCUCGAAUCCCAGAGAAGAAAAAGCUGAAAGGAAAGAAAAUGGCUCCACUUAAGAUCAAGCUUUUGACUGGGAAAAGAAAGAAGAGUAGCUCGAACUUCUGUAAAAACAAUAUUUGGAAUCUUUCGAGUCCCAACGUGCUGAAUCUUUUUAAUGAGAGUGAUGAGAUUGACUUUGAGGAAGAGUCUGAUUUAGACAACUCCAGUGUCCAUAGCUCAUCUGUCCGUUCUGACACUUCGGGCAGAGUGAAAAAAGGAAAGAGAGGUCGACCUGCCAAGAAGAAAAAGAAAAGUAGGCUUGACGUUCGUCUUCAGACAGCUGUUGUUGGAGACGAUGAACCUGAUGGAUAUGAAACUGAUCACCAAGACUAUUGUGAAGUAUGCCAGCAGGGAGGUGAAAUAAUCCUUUGUGACACUUGUCCUCGAGCUUACCAUUUGGUAUGCCUUGAUCCAGAGUUGGAUAAAGCACCUGAGGGGAAAUGGAGCUGCCCACACUGUGACAAGGAAGGUGUCCAGUGGGAAGCCAAGGAGGAUGAGGAUGAGGACUAUGAGGAAGAACUCGAGGAUGAGUGUGAGAAAGAAGAAGAAGAUGACCACAUGGAAUACUGCCGAGUGUGCAAAGAUGGUGGAGAGCUGUUGUGCUGUGAUUCUUGUCCUUCGUCUUACCAUAUUCACUGCCUCAACCCACCACUGCCUGAUAUCCCAAAUGGGGAGUGGCUUUGUCCACGGUGUACGUGUCCCACGGUGGAAGGAAGAGUACAGAAGAUUCUUCACUGGAAGUGGGGUGAUCCUCCAACCCCAACCCCUGUACCUCGACCUCUUGAUUCCAGUCCUGAUGACCCCCCCCCAAAACCCCUAGAAGGUCGUUCGGAGAGGAUGUUUUUUGUGAAAUUUGCAGGGCAGUCUUAUUGGCAUUGUUCCUGGGUAUCAGAACUUCAGCUGGAGAUUUACCACUCAGUAAUGUUCCGAAACUACCAACGGAAGAAUGAUAUGGAUGAACCACCACCUUUUGAUUAUGGUUCUGGUGAUGAUGACAGGAAGAGUGAGAAGCGGAAAAACAAAGAUCCACAAUAUGCCAUAAUGGAAGCUCGCUUUUAUCGUUACGGAAUUAAGCCAGAAUGGCUUAUGAUUCAUCGGAUUAUAGGUCAUAGUGUGGAUAAGAAAGGUGGUUAUCACUAUUUGAUUAAGUGGAGGGACCUCACCUAUGAUCAGUGCACUUGGGAGAAAGAUGAGAUGGAAAUUCCUGAAUAUGAAAAUCAGAAAGUUGCUUAUUGGGCGCACAGGGAGUUAAUGAUUAAAGAUGACCCCGAUAUUCCAAAGAAAUUUAGGAGGCACAGAAAUGUUGAAGAGUCACCCCCCACUCCAAUAACUGAUCCAACAGUGAAGUAUGAAACACAGCCAGGUUUUGUUACAGAAACUGGUGGUACUCUUCACAUGUACCAGCUGGAAGGACUGAACUGGCUACGCUUUUCUUGGGCACAAGGUACAGACACUAUCCUUGCUGACGAGAUGGGUUUAGGCAAGACCAUCCAGACCAUUGUUUUUCUGUACUCUCUUUUUAAGGAGGGACAUACUAAAGGCCCAUUUUUGGUUAGUGCUCCUCUUUCAACUAUCAUCAACUGGGAACGUGAGUUUGAGAUGUGGGCCCCUGACUUUUAUGUAGUGACAUACACUGGAGACAAGGAUAGUCGGGCCAUCAUCCGAGAAUAUGAAUUUUCAUUUGAGGACAAUGCAAUGAAGGGGGGUAAAAAGGCAUUUAAGAUGAGAAGAGAAGCACAGAUUAAAUUCCAUGUCCUGCUUACCUCUUACGAACUUGUCACCAUUGACCAGGCUGCACUUGGCUCCAUUGAUUGGGCGUGUUUAGUUGUAGAUGAAGCUCACAGGCUGAAAAACAACCAAUCUAAAUUUUUCAGGGUGUUAAAUGGAUAUAAGAUUGACCAUAAGCUACUGUUGACUGGAACUCCACUCCAAAACAAUCUAGAGGAACUAUUUCAUUUACUAAAUUUUCUCACACCUGAGAGAUUCAAUAAUCUUGAAGGCUUCCUUGAAGAGUUUGCUGAUAUUUCUAAAGAGGAUCAGAUCAAGAAACUUCAUGAUCUGCUUGGACCUCACAUGCUGCGGAGACUUAAGGCUGAUGUUUUUAAAAACAUGCCUGCCAAGACAGAACUAAUUGUGCGUGUAGAACUCAGUCCAAUGCAAAAGAAAUACUACAAGUAUAUUUUAACUAGAAACUUUGAAGCACUGAACUCUAAGGGUGGUGGAAAUCAGGUUUCGCUUCUCAACAUAAUGAUGGAUUUGAAGAAGUGCUGCAAUCAUCCAUAUCUGUUUCCCGUGGCUGCUAUGGAAUCUACAAAACUACCAAAUGGAGCGUAUGAAGGCACUGCACUGGUUAAAGCAUCAGGAAAGCUUAUGUUGCUACAGAAGAUGCUAAGAAAGCUGAAAGAGCAGGGCCACAGAGUAUUGGUGUUCUCUCAGAUGACCAAAAUGCUUGACCUGCUGGAGGACUUUUUAGAUUUUGAGGGAUAUAAAUAUGAAAGGAUUGAUGGGGGCAUCACUGGGGCUCUGAGGCAGGAAGCUAUUGAUCGAUUCAAUGCUCCUGGUGCACCACAGUUCUGCUUUCUGCUGUCAACCAGAGCUGGAGGUUUAGGAAUUAACCUUGCAACAGCUGACACAGUCAUUAUUUUUGACUCCGACUGGAAUCCACACAACGAUAUUCAGGCAUUUAGCCGUGCUCAUCGUAUAGGCCAGGCCAACAAAGUGAUGAUCUACAGGUUUGUGACACGAGCCUCAGUGGAAGAGCGAAUCACACAGGUGGCAAAGCGAAAGAUGAUGCUUACUCAUUUGGUGGUACGGCCUGGCUUAGGAUCUAAGACAGGUUCAAUGUCUAAACAGGAGCUAGAUGACAUUCUUAAGUUUGGCACUGAGGAACUCUUCAAAGAUGAGAAUGAGGGAGAAAAUAAAGAAGAGGACAGUAGUGUAAUUCAUUAUGACAAUGCAGCAAUUGAGAGACUACUGGACCGCAACCAGGAUGCAACAGAUGACUCUGAUAUGCAAAAUAUGAAUGAGUACCUGAGCUCUUUUAAAGUGGCGCGUUACGUGGUUCGUGAAGAAGAUAAGAUUGAAGAGAUUGAGAGAGAAAUUAUUAAACAGGAGGAGAAUGUUGAUCCAGAUUAUUGGGAAAAAUUAUUACGCCACCACUAUGAACAGCAGCAAGAGGACCUAGCCAGGAAUCUGGGCAAGGGCAAGCGAGUCCGCAAGCAAGUCAACUACAACAUUGCUGCACAGGAAGAUCAAGACUGGCAUGAUGAUGUUUCAGAUAACCAGUCCGAAUACUCGGUGGGGUCUGAAGAAGAAGAUGAAGACUUUGAUGAAAGACCUGAAGGCCGCAGGCAGUCACGGCGCCAACUGAGAAAUGAGAAGGACAAACCCUUGCCCCCCUUGCUGGCAAGAGUUGGUGGCAACAUUGAGGUCCUAGGGUUCAACACAAGGCAACGGAAGGCUUUCUUAAAUGCCGUGAUGAGAUGGGGAAUGCCUUCUCAGGAAGCCUUCUCUUGCCAGUGGCUUGUGAGAGAUCUGCGUGGAAAAACGGAGAAAGAGUUCAAGGCUUAUGUAUCGUUGUUCAUGCGCCAUUUGUGUGAACCAGUGGCAGAUGGGUCAGAGACUUUUGCAGACGGGGUACCCCGGGAAGGCUUAUGCCGGCAGCCUGUCCUCACACGCAUUGGGGUCAUGUCAUUGGUCAAGAAGAAGGUUCAAGAGUUUGAACAUGUAAAUGGGAAAUGGAGCAUUCCAGAGCUGAUGCCAGAGAUCAAUAUGGACUCAAAAAAAUCCUCUAGAGCCUCUUCACCCGCCAUUAAAACUGCAACCACUACACCAGACCCUAGCUGUUCUAACACACCUUGUACCUCAAAACCAGCUACUCCUGCCCCGAGCGAGAGGAUAGAGAAGAAUGGAAAAGAUGGUGAAAAAGAGGAGUCUGAGAGUAAAGAAGAUAGAGAGUGGCCUACUAUUAAGUGUUCAGAUGUUACAGAGCCCUCAGAAGAGCAUGCCUCUCCAUUGUAUACUAGUGUCACACAAGAGGAGCAGAUCGCCAUAACAGAAGCAACCAAAGAAACACUACCAAGUGAGAAAUCUGAAGAAGUCAUGGACACUGAUAUAGGUGUUUCACUUCCACCAUUGAGACUAGAUUCUCCUCAGGCUUCUCCCUUUAAAGAAGAGGCACGUGAGUCUGAGAAGGUGGAGCAUAAAGCUGAAACUGCCACAAGUGAAACAGCAGAUCUGAAGGAGCAACAAUCCUCUUGCAUUAAGCAAGAUGAAGUCAAAUCUGAAAAAGAUAAUGGUAAAGAAGUAAAAACGGUUACAGCUUCAAUACCAAAAGAAGAGGUUGGCAAAACCAGCAUGAAGAGAGAUGAAAGAACUGAACGGCCCAGGUUCAUGUUCAACAUUGCUGAUGGGGGCUUCACAGAACUUCACACAUUGUGGCAGAAUGAAGAGAGAGCAGCAAUUUCCUCUGGCAAAAUCAAUGAUAUCUGGCAUCGACGGCAUGACUACUGGUUGCUGGCAGGUAUUGUGCUUCAUGGCUAUGCCAGGUGGCAAGAUAUUCAGAAUGAUCCUCAAUUUGCAAUCAUCAAUGAGCCCUUCAAGACUGAGUCAAAUAAGGGAAAUUUUCUGGAGAUGAAGAAUAAGUUCCUUGCCCGGAGGUUUAAGUUGUUGGAGCAGGCUUUGGUGAUUGAAGAACAGCUCCGGCGAGCUGCCUACCUCAACAUGACACAGGACCCAAACCAUCCAGCCAUGGCUCUCAAUGCCCGCUUUGCUGAAGUCGAGUGCCUAGCUGAGAGUCAUCAACAUCUUUCCAAAGAGUCACUAGCAGGAAACAAACCUGCUAAUGCUGUGCUCCACAAGGUCUUGAACCAGCUAGAGGAGCUUUUGAGCGAUAUGAAGGCAGAUGUGACACGCUUACCUGCAACCCUGUCCCGUAUUCCACCAAUCGCAGCUCGCCUGCAAAUGUCUGAACGCAGCAUACUUAGUCGUCUAGCCAACAAGGGCAAUGAAGCUCAAGCUCCUCCGCCUAUACCUCCGGGUCCUUAUGCCACACCGCCAAAUUUUGGAGCUUCUUUUAACACCACUUCCUCUGGAACACUGUCUGCAGGGAGUGGCAAUUACACACAAAUGCCUACAGGAUCCUUUGUGUCAGCACUCAAUGGUCCCAUGGUGGCAAUCAAGAAAGAGAAGGAAGGCGAUGGGAUUGAAAGAAGGGAAAUGAGAAGCGGAGAGAUAAUCUGCAUCGACGACUGAUACCCCAUCCUCUCUUUAUGCACACUGUGGCCUAGUCCUAUCCUGUCCUGUCUUGUUUCAUCCCCAUUCCAUUCCAUGCUUCCUAGCCCUUGCUCUGCCACUCUGGUCAUUGGAUACACCACAUCUAUUCCGGAUUCUGAUUCUUAUUCUUCACUUAGAGUAAAAGAGUUUUUGGCAGUGGGUUGUAAGAAGGCUGUGGGUGUUUACUGGGGGUGGCAGUCUGUUCUUCUCAGCUAAACCUGAGAGUUCCAGUUGUGUCUUCUGGCAUUGUCCAAAUGUGUACAGUCCUAUUUAUCACAAACUCAGAGUGCUUGAGUUUGUAUGUAUUUCAGAAAUAGCUCAAUUCAGAGUAUUAUAUAAGUACCAUAAUAUUUACCCUCCCUAACUUGCACUCCCUCGACCCUAAAAAGUGAAAGCAGGUCUGUGCAGCUUAAAUCUACUUUUUAUAUAAUGUUGCCAUGACCCUGCUUACUUGAGAACAUUAAAUAUUUAUGCAAGGUGACUGUUUUUGACUUAAAAGUAGCCCUUUUUUGGCAAGUAGCAAAAACGUAUAGUACUGGCAACUGUUCACCAAAUGAAAAGGUGGUUAUAUGACCUAGCUUUUUAAUUUUGAAGACUAAGAAAGAGGCACAUUAAGUAUUCAGUCAAGCUCCGUUAAAGAAAAUAAAAGGCAAGCCAUUGACAUAAAGCCAUAUUCAAUAUAACGCUGUUCUAUUGUGACACGGCACAGGAAGCAGCCGAGAGCCUUCAGCCUGAGGUUUUUAGCUGCACUGUACAGAAUGCACUAUAUACUUUUGUAAAUAUGCUUUUAGGAUUAUUGUUGCACUGGUUAUGACAUGGUGAGUUAAAGCCGCUGCUGUCCCCUAGGUUUUCUAGUGGCAGAUGUCGUCCAGCUUAAGAGGUUGGGAGCUCAUUGAAAGGCCACAUGAUUCAGCCUAGUGUGUUUUUUUUAUUCAUUCAGUAAAUGGGAUGGGGGGUUGGAUUGUUGAGAGUUUUUGCAGAUAUUUACAAAAAUGUUGGGAGGUUAAUAUUUUCCUGCAAAUAAGGCAAAUCUUUAAUUGUACCACUAGUAUUUAUUUGAUACAAUAAACACUGAGAGCUUCUGCAGUUGAUAUCUUUUUCUAGAGGCAGUCUUGCUUACCAUUUUCUGUUUUCAUUUUGCUUCUGAAGUCACUUGGAAGAGUUUUGGCUUCAGUUUCUUCUUCUGAUUUAACCAGGAAUACUUUUCAGAACAAGGUACGAAACCAUUUCUUUUGUCCUGUCAAUCUAGUGAGUAUAUUUGUACUCCUGGCACUGGACAAAAUAGUCUACCAAAAAAAUAAAAAAAAAACUUUUGAAUUUAUAAAGACACAAAAAAAUGUAACAAGCGUAAAUAAAGGAAAAUUAUAUUCUCUUUAUCUGUGUAAGUGUGCCACACCAAGUACAAGAAAAAAAUUCUUUGCACUGCUCUUUAGCAUUCCUUGUUUUGUCCUAUCCCAUUUCAUUGUGCUUUUUUGCCCAUAUCGGAUGUAUUUCUUGGGGCAGUGCUAGCUUUUACUACAAUAAAACACAUCUUUAAAUGUUCUGUUACAGUAUUCCACAUAGCAAUUUAACAAGCAAAAGUUUAUUAAAGAAUAGUCUCCUUUACAAACUGAGAUUGAAAUGAUUUCAGUUGAAACAGUCACAAAGUGAAUGAAUAACACAAGUAAACUUUUCAGCCGGAUGCACUUUCAGUUCAAGAUGAGAUUUCUGAAUAUACACAUGUGGUCAUUAUCAACUACUUGAGGCAUAGCCAUUUAGAAAGGGAUAACACAGUUGUUUGACCUUGACUUAAUGAGUAUCCUUUGUGCAAAGAAAGAUUUGCAUUUUAGUUACUGAAAAAUCUCAGUUUGAAUUGAAUGCUGUACAGUUUCUUGAUUUGUCUGUCUUUGUUAAUUCAUCCAAUUUGCCCACUAUAUUUUGAGUCUAGAUAUUCUUGAGGCUUAUUAAGUGGACAAUCAGCUUGUAAGAAGGAGAAUGUUAGAAACUGCAUUUUCAGACUUGUCUGCAGUAACAGUACACGUGUGAAAUCUGGCGCAUAGACAGCAGGGGGAGUGGUGGGGUUUACAGUUUGUUCGCAUCUAAGCUUAAGCCAGGUGCAUCCUGUUGGUAUUGGUCACUGGCAUCUGGCCAGCCUCUGUUGUGCAGUGUUAUGCGAUUGCUAAGCAUUUAAGCCAAAUGUUAUGAACGAUCAUAUGUUCACUGUGCUUUAUAAAACUAUAUCAGGGAUAGAACCACCUGAGAUUCUUGUUUUUUUUUAAAAAAAAAAAAAGAAAGAAAGAAGAAGAAGAAGAUAGAGUACUCCAACACGAUGCACUUUGUCCAAGGGCCAUAAACUUUUAACUCUUGGAUUUAAAAAAAAAAAAAAACAUAAGUGACUUAACAUUUCAGAUUUAUAUUGUGUUGUCCUUCACUUCCCAAGAUGUUUAAAAGCAUUUGUUUAUUGUGUGCGCGUGUGUGUGUGUUCGCGUGUAUGUUAUGGACGCAGUGCACUUUUUUUGUUUAUUUGUUCUAAAGGGAUUUGGGUCACUUUUCCUUCAUGAUAAUUUUGUAACUGUUAUUGAUGUUUUAUUGUCCUAGGGCGGGGGCAGGGAAAGGUCGUUUAAGGUUAAUUUCUUCAAUAUUAUUUUGUCAAGACGUUGAAAGUGUUUGAGGUGUAGUUGAAAACAAAAAGUGCUGGCACCAAGCAAACUGUUAAUAAAUGCAUCUUUUUUUUAAGAAAAUAAAAUUAAAUUACUACAGUA